UUUAUGAACACACUGAGCAGAGACAUCAAGGAGAGAACUAACCAGAUAUCAAAGAUGCAGUGGAGUCUGUAUCUGCUUAUUCUGAUGGGUCAGUGUUGCUUCUUUACCUGCCAACAGUAUGAGUACCACUUUAUUGCAGAAAACAAGAGCUGGUAUGAAGCACAGAGAUACUGCAGAGAGAAUUAUACAGACCUGGCCAAAGUGUUUGACAUGACAGACAUGAGCAGACUCCGUAACUCCACACAGAAUCAAGGAGAAGCCUGGAUUGGACUGAACAACAACACAGAUGGAAAAAGGACGUGGCAUUGGUCUCUGCCAGGAGUGGAAUACAUUCAAAAUGACAGCAGCUGGAAUCUGAGUGGAAGAGCAUACUGGGAAUAUCCUGGGAACUGUGUGAGGAAAAGAAACAAGCUGGCAGAUGUUUCAUGUAACACUAUGAUGUGGUUCAUCUGUUAUGAUGAAAUGAAGAAAGACAAUAAAACAUUGCAUUUGAUAACAACACCUAUGAACUGGACACAGGCUCAGACCUACUGCAGAUAUAAUUACACUGACUUGGCCAGUGGACUCGAUCAGGUAGAUGGAGAAGAAAUGGAGGCCCUGUUCGCUGGCCGUGUCAUGAGUGUGUGGGUCGGUCUGUUCAGAGACAGCUGGAGGUGGUCAGAUGGGAGUAAUUUCUCUUUCAGAUACUGGGAUAUGCAGUUAUUCAAUGAUAAACAAAGCAACAAGAAAUGUGCUAUGACUCUGUUAAACAGAUCAGGAAAAUGGAGCUCUGAUGAAUGUGCCAAUAAAAACCCUUCUUCUGUUAUGAUGCUAUAACAGAUAAAAUGAUCCUGAUCAAAGAAAACAAGACCUGGGAAGAAGCCUUGAAUUACUGUGAAAACAACUACAAGGGGCUGGUUUCUAUCACCAACCCUGAGGUGCAGGGAUGGGUCCAGGAAACAGCCAAGAAUGCUGACAGUCCCUAUGUUUGGAUCGGACUGAGCUACAAAUGCACUCUGGGAUUAUGGUUAUGGGUCAGUGACUACGUAGUCUGCUAUGAGAAGUGGGCCACAGAGGGGAAGACUGAAGGGUGUGACAUGUCUGUAGGCGUGGACAGAGGAGGACAGCAUGAGUGGUUCAGUCGCAGGAAUAAUGAGACGUAUAAUUUUAUUUGUUCUAAACAGUAAGUUUAAAACUUAAACUUACUUACUGCUGGGCUAACCGGAAUCUUAGGGGUACUGGGUUACCGCAGCAAUCCCUAAAUUUAAUCAUGAGAAAUUAUCUCAUGUUAUUAUGUCCAGUUAAAAUCAAGAACGUACUCAUCUUUAUAACCUGGUAAAAGAAAUAUAUUGCAUAUGUAUACAUUUUUUUAACUGUUGUAACUACAACAAUACUGACUUUUUUUUUUAUUUACAAAGACAUUUACUCAGUCAUUUGAUGGACAAAAUGUCUCCACGCGGUGUAAUUUUUGUUUUUGUAAAUUUUAAUGUUAAUAAAACCUAGUGGACAUUUAAAGACACAGAAUAGUUUGUUGAAGAUGAAUGAAAUGUCGACAAAAAUACUGGAAUGAUAAAAAUAGUAUAAAAGCAGAGUGAUUAUUAAUAUACUCAGAAAUGUAAAUACUGCUAAAUUAAAAGGAAAAUAUAAAUUAACAAAAGAGGAAAUGAUGUGGACGUGAAGACAGACAUCAUUAGGUGGAAAGGUCUGUCAUGGUCCCCGAGUCUUGGACUGUUUUUAGAUUUUCUCUAUUGUUGCUGGACUUUGGAUUAUGGUUGUGUUUUCUGGGUUGUUGAUAUUUAGUUUCCUGUUAUUUCUUCUUUAUUUUCUUUAUAAAUGAUACAAAUGUCUUUAAUUCUGAGCUUCUGUUCCAAAGAUAUUUAUAUUUAUUCUGUUUUGUGGGUUUAUGACUUCCUCGUGGUUUUAGGUUUGUUGAUCUCCUUUUGUGCUCCAUUCUGUUCCUUCAGUCUCAUGUUUGUCUUCUGUCUCUGUAAAGUAACGAUGGGAAGUUUGGCUCUUUUCAGAGAGCCGGCUCUUGUCGCACGGCUCCCAAUGAAGAAUCGGCUCUUUUGGCUCCCAAAUGGCUCUUAAUUUAUUAUCAUCUGUAGCCUCAUAUUCUAGCCUUAAUUGACAAAUAUGAAUGCUUUGUGUGUUGAUAAACCCCUUUGCAUUUAGUGUUUUUAUGAGAAGCCUUAUAAUAGCUUAAUUUUGUCUAUUUCUUCUGUUACAAAAGCAGGCAUUCUUACUUUUGUUCAAUAUUUUAAUCAAACUUUUAAUUUAAAUUUAACACAAAAACAAAACACUGCAAACAAAUCCAGAGAACAGAAACAGAACCAAACUCAGUAAGCAAACAGUAUGUCCUCAGUGCAGGUUGACAUUCAGAAAAAUCAAAUCCUUAAGUUCAGAUGGGCUGAUGCAAUUUCUCCUCUUAGUAUCUGCUUCUUCUUUAAACUGCAGGCAGAUGCGUGCAAGUGUCAGUCAUAUUCUUGUGUUUUUGCAACGCACUCACGCUUUCCUCCUCACCAUCUCACUCACUGACUGAGGGGUAGUGAUGUGCAGAGCGAUCCUGAGAUAUUAAUACUUCCAAUACCAGCAUUUCAUGUUGCAGGAUCAAUUCACAUAUAAAAAUAUCAAUUUGAUUAUCUAAUUUGAUUAAUCUUUUUUCAUUUUUAAAAUUUUUAUUUGUAAAUAUGACAUACAGACAAAGGUAAACUCAGCAAUUAGCGGGAUAGUUGGAACUACAAUCAGCUUCUGCUUCUCACUCAUAUAAGAGCGCCGCAAGUGUGUGAGUCAAUGAGAAACCUGAGGCACAAAACAUUAGACCACAAAACACGCAAUCUUGACAUUGUUCACAGAUCAUAAUUGCAUUUAAGCUCAGCAUAGAAAUUAUGCUGUGUGCGAUGUAUGUGGGACUACAGUUAAACACUGUGGCAACACAACAAACUCCUCGAUGGGAGUCGGCUCUUCUGAUACUCUACAAAGCAUCGGCUCUUUCAGCCAACUCAGUACUGUCCAGUUUAUAUCUUUGUGUCUUGGUCUCAGUGUUAGUUAUUUCCUGUUUCAUGUUCUGUUGUCACUCGUUUUUUGUGUUUAGUUCUACUUCCCUGUCUCAUCCUCUGUGAUUAGUUUCAGCUGUCCUGACCUGUUUCCUCUCCCCUCAUCAUCUGCUGUGUAUUUUGUCUCAGUCUCUCCUUGUCCUUUGUUGCUUGCUCUCUCAUAACUGUGU